CAGCUGGAUCGUGAAACCAGGAUGAUCGGUCGCGGACUUUUGAAAACCGAGGACGAGAACGGAGAUGAAGACGAUGAUAAUGACUAUGAUGAUGAUUAUGACUUUGCAGAUAUGGAAUGUGCCAAUGUGACAUUCACUCCCAUUUUGAGUCGUUGCAGGGCUCUAGCAAAACAUGAGCUUGCUAUCACACCUAAAGUGAAGUCUUUCCAGGUGAAUGUAAAUGUGAUUGAAGCUCAGAAACUGGUUGGGGUGAACAUCAACCCAGCAGUGUACGUGACUGUUGGAGACGAGAAAAAGCACACAGCUACUCAGAAAUCUACCAACUGUCCAUUUUACAAUGAGAAUUUCAUGUUUGAAUUCCAAGAAACACAGGAUGUCCUCUUUGAUAAAGUGAUUGAGAUUUCUGUGGUUCAUAAGAAAGUCCUUGCCUUUUUGAUGACUCACAUAGGAUCCUUUAAGAUUGACAUCAGCACAGUAUAUCAGCAGCCAGAUCACCGUUUCUACCAGAAAUGGGCUCCACUCACUGACCCAAAAGAUACCCGCUCGGGUAUUAAAGGUUAUGUGAAGUGCACAGUGAGUGUGGUGAUGAAAGGAGACCCCAUGGGCAUGGCCAGCCUGGCACCAGCUGGCAGCCAGAACGAUGACAUUGAAAAAAACCUUCUCCUUCCCAAGAGGAUGCCAUCCGAACGGCCCUGGGCUAAGUUUAUCCUGAAGAUCUACAGAGCUGAAGGUUUGCCCAGCAUGAACUCUGGUUUCAUGGGGAAGAUAAUGAGAGACAAGAAGGUCUUCCUUGAUCCCUAUGUUCAAGUUACAUUCGCUGGCCAGCAGGGGGAAACGUCAGUCGAUAGCAACACCAAUGCUCCAGAGUGGAAUGAACAGAUAUCCUUUAUUGAACAGUUUCCUCCUCUUGCUCGACGAAUCAAAAUCCAGAUCCUUGAUGAUGCCAACAUUGGAGAUGUGGCUGUGGCAACACACUUCCUGGAUCUUCUUCAGAUCUCCAAUCCCAACCGAAAUGGUUUCAAUCCCACCUUUGGUCCUGCUUGGGUCAAUCUCUACGGCUCCCCCCAGAACUCCACUCUGAGAGACAUCCACCGGGACCUUAAUGAAGGUCUGAGUGACGGCAUCUUCUACAGAGGUAGAAUACUGCUGUCGCUCAGCGUGGAGGUUUACUUCUCACCUACGGCUGUGGUGACGGAGAGCAAGGCCAUCGCUAAUGUCAAGAGCACAAUCAGCAGGCUUAAUCUGAAACGCAGGAGCCGGAAGUCCAAGGAGAAGAAAACGGGCAGGAAAGAAGUGCAGAGUCCCAGCGGGCCGGCAGAGGAAUCUGAAGAUGUCGGUGCUGAAGUACCAGCUGCCGUGACUGUGGAAGUGGAAGAAGUUCAUCCUCUUCCUGAGAAUUUCACUGGAGAGAAGGAUGAAUUUUUGUUGUUUGCUUCCUUCUUUGAAGUGACAAUGAUAGAUCCCUCUAUUGGCUCCAAACCUGUCACCUUUGAGCUCUCUAUAGGGAACUAUGGUAAAACAGCAGAGGUGGUAGUGAAGUCCAGCAAGAGCGGCAGUCAGGAGAAUCUGGCUGAGGACAGACAACCACUGCUGGAGUCAGAUGACGAACUGGAGAGAGAUGAACCUGUGAACCCUAGAGACCAGUCCAUCACAGCACCCAGAAGACCUCAACCCACUGAAUAUGACAGAUCUUUUAGUUGCAUUCCCCUUUUUCGAGAGAAACCGUGCAUCUUUGUGUGGAGCUACUUUGAGGAUCACACUUUCAGAUUCCACAACAGCAACUGGUUGUCCAAGAUGGCCGACCGACUGGCAAGUCCUAUUUAGCAGAUAUUACACUCUUCUCGUUUAUGAAUACAACAUUUUAAUAUUCAGUCCCUCCAGAAUUUAAUGUCUUGUGAUUGCAGAUUUAAAUGCAAAGUUUACUCUUGUGU